CACUGAUGAUCAGUGUGCCCUGAUGAUCUGUGUAGCCCCAGCAGUACCACCUGUCAGUGUCUAUCAGUGCCAGCUGUUUGUGCUCAUCCAUGCCACCUGCCAGUGCCCAUCAGUGCCACAUAUCAGUGCCUAUCUGAGUUGCCUUUCUGUGUCACCCAUCAGUGCCAGUCAGUGCCGCCUAUCAGUGCCAUAUAUGAGUGCUGCCUUUCAGUGCCCAUCAGUGAUGCCUGUCAAUGCCCAUCAGUGCCACCUACCAGUGCCUCCUCAUCAGUGCCCAUCAGUGCCACCUAUCAGUGUCCAUCAGUGCAGCCUAUCAGUGCCCAUCACUGCAGUCUCAUUAGCGCACAUCAGUGAAGGAGAAAAAUCACUUAUUUACAAAAUUUUAUAA